UCGAAACAUAUUCCGAUGAGGGGAUGUGGAAAAAGAUAAGGCAAGAUAUUUGGUGUAAAAUGGCUAAUAUUCACGGUUCACCGGUUUCGUUGUCGUCACAGUCGCGAGCAUUAACGAACGAUAGUAAUAAUCGCAACCAAUCGCCAAUGCGAUCGCUAACCAGUGCUUCGGGUGGUUUAUAUAUAAGUGCACCUGGAAAAAUUAUUUUAUUCGGCGAACAUGCCGUCGUUUAUGGAAGGACGGCAAUCGCCGGUUCAGUAGAUCUUCGAACUUAUGCUAGUUUAUUCACAUCGGCUGAUGGUAGGAUAUAUUUGUCGUUGCCAGAUAUUGGCGUUGAAAAGACUUGGCUUCUCAAAGAACUUUUAAAAGCUGGAGAACGUCUUGCUGAGUAUCCAUAUGAAGAUGAUUCGCCGCCUUCAUUGGAAGUUUUAGUGCCUAUUGCUAGAAAAUUGAGUGGUUCUUGUGAAGAUCAAUAUGGUGUUCAACAUUUAGCAAUUUUAGCUUUUUGGUAUUUAUUACUUGGAGUUGUUCAAAGGAAAAGGAAUUUACUUGCAGUAAAGAUGACUGUACGGUUCAAACUUCCUUCAUGUGUCGGGCUUGGUUCGUCAGGGGCCUAUUGUGUUUGCAUUGCCACAGCUUUGCUUCAGUCUUCUGGUAUAAUUCCAGCUCCUUCAAUUACAGCAGAUGAUGAGGGUUCAUUAACUUGGGAUGAUCAACAUUUGGAUAUGAUAAGGAAAUGGUCAGCAGCAGCUGAAUCAUUGAUUCAUGGUCGAGCUUCAGGUGGUGUCGCAUGUUUCAAGCCAGGAACUCAAAUUCAACAUUUAAGAAAUCUUCCUUAUCUAAGGGUAAUUCUUGUUAACUCAAAAGUCGAAAGAAAUACGUUUAGAAUGGUACAAACAGUAAAGGAACGUUUGAAAAAAUUCCCCGACGUAAUCGAAUCGAUUUUUAAUUCGAUAGAUGCAAUCUCACAUGAUGCAACAAAAAUCUUAAACCGUUCUGGUGAAGAAAAUGGCGAUCCUGAAAAAUUAGUUAAUGGUGGUAGUGGUCGAUCAUCUGGCGAACCAUGCUCAGAUAACGACCAUAAUUCGCUGCAGCCAGGGUUGCACCAACAAAAUACAACAAUGACGAUCGGAGGCAAACAAUCACCGAAUUUCACGUCUUAUUCGGCUGGAGGAAAGCGUAGUAGCAAUGAAUCGGCAGCUAGCGGUACAUCACUUGGUUGCGUUACUCCUGAAAAAGUUGAAAAGGGUGAACUGGUCGACACUUACGCCAAAUUAAAUGAUUUAUGCCGUAUCAACAACCAGUUGUUAAUUGCACUGGGAGUUGGUCAUCCAAAGAUUGAUCAAAUCUGUACAUUACUCGCACGUUACGGUAUUCAUCCUAAGAUGACAGGUGCUGGUGGUGGUGGAAGUGUCUUUGCAUUUUUGAAACCAGAUACAUCGACAACUGUCUUGUCAAUGAUAAAGAAUGAAUUGACAAAGUUGGAUUAUGAAGUAUGGCAGCCUCCACUUGGUGGGCCAGGAGUGAUAUGUCAUGUAAAUAAGCCCGAUCUUUUUAAUACUCCAAAUUCAGCAGCGACUACUCCACAUGUUACAAUUACUAAUUCGCCCCAAUCAACGCCAUCAUCGACAGCUCAUCGACAUAAAAAAUGA